AUGCUUGCCGUCCAGACCUACCGCCCCGAAGUAUAUUCGGCCCUACCCGACCUCUGCGAUGCCGCCAGCAAAUUCAAAGCACUCAACGGGGCUGCCGCCGUUGAAAAGAGUUUCAAGGACCUAUUUCGCCGCCACGGGAUGGAAAAGAAGUUCGGCCUUACUAUGGCCCAUCGCCAUUUUGACAUGGCUAAAAACGAACGGCUGGUUGAAUAUGGCACCACUUCUACGCCGUGGGUAAUGGACAAUGACAGUGAUUCUGUCAAGCCCCAUUGUUGGGUUUUGGGGGCUGAUGGCGUCACCCCCUACGAAUUCCGUUACGACCCCAGCGGCAAGGAAGAGGAGCUCAAGAUUGAUUUUAACGACGCCAAAAUUCAAGCCUUUGCCAGAGAGUUUGUGGACCUCGUCGAUAGCAUUGGUGGCACCGGCCUUUUUGGACUUUGCACGCACCCUGGUGGCGAUUUCGAAGGUCGCCUUGAAAUUACCCAAGGCCGUGCCAACAUUAAUAUUCCCCUUUCUGAGGUCCCUGAAUUCAUGAAACCUAAUGUGACCGACGCGGCCUGGUUUUUUCACAAAGACGAGGGCCCUUGUGGCUGCUUUUGCUAUACCACGGACGACGGCAAACACGGUGGCCAUGCCACCAACUCGCCCCGCCGGUAA